UCGGAACUUGUUCACCGCCCUUCUCCCCCCCCCACUCACGUCGAGUCGAGUCGAGGAUGAGUGAUUCAACAGCGCAAGCAUCGCAAUCCCAACCACAGGCCAAUGUGGCAUCCGCGAGCGACAGUCCAGCCUCAAGUGCAGCAGCCGCGAAAGCAGACUUCUCCGACAGCCCAUCGCUCGUCGAGCUACAAAGGCGUUGCAACGAAUUUACAACUGCUCGAGACUGGGACCAGUUUCACCAGCCUCGAAAUCUCAUGCUUGCACUGACCGGCGAAGUAGGCGAACUGGCAGAGAUUUUCAUGUGGCGUGGCGAAUGCCCAGUGGGAUUGCCAGGCUGGUCGGAGAAGGAUCGCCAUCACCUCGGUCAAGAGCUGAGUGACUGCCUCAUCUACCUCAUUCGUCUGGCAACCGUGUGCGGCAUUGACUUGCCAGCUGCGGCCGCGGCCAAAAUCGUUGAAAAUGGUCGCAAGUACCCAACCGACAAGUCGUUUGGGAGCACCAAAAAGUACACUGACUUGUAGCCAAAGGGCAGCACGAAUAGAGAACAAAUGCAUCGCCCUGAUAUACUCCAUAGAGGGACCGCGGCUCUUCAGCGAAGCCAUCAACCAAAAUUUCUGCAUCCGCCUUUCCGACUCCACUUCCCCUUUGCUUAUUUUGUGUUGACUGUUCUACAGCACGU